AUGGGUUUUCUCGGUCUUGGAGAACCCUCCUUGGGCACUGCUAUCAUCUUCCUAGGUGCAUGGAUCAACAGAGACUUCACCACUCCCUUCCGGCGCUACAACCAUUGCAAUGAUUCCACUGAUGUUGAGCACAAACCGGUAGUCGGCAGUCCCAUGGCCAACUUCGAACCACCAAUCUCGAACCGACAGGGCCGCUGGCGACAACGUGAGAUCUCACUACUCGGUUUUUGCAAAGUCAUUGACACUCCAAACACUGGCGUGUUCCAAACCCGGCUUCUCAGCAAGGUACUGCUCCGAUUUCCCUUCAUAGUGGAGAUCAUAUACUGGGCACUCAUCUAUGGCAUCUAUCAAAUGGGUAGAGCCUUGUUAGCGGAGAGGCUCAAUGGUUCAACAGUCGAAGUCGCCCGUCACCACGCCCUGCAGGUCAUCCGAUUGGAGGAGAAACUGCAUAUGUUCUGGGAGCCAGACAUCCAGCGAUUCUUUCUGCAGUAUCCCGGAAUCAUGUAUUGGAUCAACAGGAUCUAUUCCUUUGUCCAUCUUCCGGCAACGAUCACAUUCUUGGUCGGUCUCUACUGGUUCGCCAUCACUCGCAAUCGAGCCCACGCCACUUGGAGCGACCCCGUCUCGGGGCCUUACCUCUAUGAGUCCAAACGGAGGACUCUUGCUAUUUGCAACCUCCUUGCUUUCUGCGUAUUUUCAACUUGGCCCUGCAUGCCGCCGCGACUGCUUGGCGAUUCGGAAGCAGCGGGAGCAACUGCCGAAUCGUCGCGAAGUUAUGGCUUUGUGGACACCGUGCAUGGGAGCAACGGGGCGCUGUCUGUGUUCAACACAAGACGCUGGACAAAUCAACUGGCGGCAAUGCCAUCCCUCCACUUCGGCUAUUCGCUUUUAGUCGGCCUUACGGUCAUGCAGCUACCGAUAGCUCAUCCCGGUCGUUCCUACCGACUCUCGUUGCCACUGCCAUUCUCUAAACCCGGCUUCGAGGCAUUCACAGUCACCUUCAGGACUCCUUCUUUGGCCAAGCUGAUGUGCCAAGUAUUGGGAUUCCUCUAUCCGGCCUUGAUCCUGACUGUGAUUGUUGCGACAGCAAACCACUUCAUCAUGGAUGCCGUUGCGGGAGCCACCAUCUGUCUUCUGGCACACAGGCACAACGAGUUCAUGCUCAACUUCCUCCCGCUCGAAGACUGUUUCCUGUGGUGCUUGCGCAUCCACAAACCUGUCCAGGAGACUGUUCGCUUGCCGAAGGACCUAGACUGUACGUGA